AUGACGGUAGCAGCAGCAGCAGAAGCAACAGUCGCGGCUGUGGGGAUUCAAGUCACAGAAGGCAGGGUGACUAAGGAGGUGGAUGCUACAUCUAAAGAAGCCAAAUCUUUCUUCAAGCAAAAUGAAAAAGAGAAACCACAGGCGAACUCCCCUUCAGCUCUCCCCUCGCUCCCUGCAGGCUCAGGGUUAAAGAGACCAAGUGGCAUGAGCAGUCUCCUGGGGAAAAUCGGAGCCAAGAAGCAGAAAAUGAGCACCCUUGAGAAAUCCAAGUUAGAUUGGGAGAGUUUCAAGGAGGAAGAAGGAAUCGGGGAGGAGCUGGCCAUCCAUAAUCGAGGGAAAGAAGGGUACAUUGAACGGAAAGCUUUCCUAGUCCGAGUGGAUCACAGGCAGUUUGAAAUUGAGCGAGACCUCAGGCUGAGCAAGAUGAAGCCCUGA